AAUCCUAUUGUUUGGAAGUAAGAUGGUAAUAGAUCUGAUGUAUAAGGAAACAUAAUUAGUAGGGACAUUUAUUUUCAUAGAAGGAAGGACUUUUGUACCCUGUCAGAGUUUGAGAUCAUUGGAAGGGACAGCUAACCACACCUAUUAAAGAUGAACGUCUACAUUACAAGUGUAAUCGUCCUCUAUGUUAACAUAUUUGUGUUAUCGUCUGCAGCAUGGAGGGCGCGAAAACAUGGUUAUAAUCCAUGUAGCCAUUAUUCUGGACCUGUUUGUGGAACGAAUGGAAAAACAUAUUACAGUGAAUGCCAAGCUCUUUAUUCGAAUGUAAAAGUAAAUUGCGCCAAGAGAUGUCCCUGUAAGGCGCCUUGUGUAUGCAGUAAAGUGUACCGUCCAGUUUGCGGGGCAGAUGGUAAAACAUAUGGCAAUGAGUGUAUGGCAAAGUGCGAGAAAGUGAAAGUAAAGUGUAACAGGAAAUGUCCAUGUGAAAAACCUUGCAUCUGUACUAAAAUUCUUAAACCAGUUUGCGGAGUGGAUGGUAAUACAUAUAACAAUGAAUGUUUAGCAAAAUGCAAAAAAGUAAAAGUAAUGUGCAACAGGAAAUGUCCAUGUGAAAAACCUUGCAUAUGUACUAAAGUUUUCAAACCAGUUUGCGGAGUGGAUGGUAAUACAUAUAACAAUGACUGCACAGCAAAAUGCAAAAAGGUCCGAGUAAAAUGUCAAGGUUCUUGUCCUUGUAAACCGCCAUGUACAUGUCCACGUAUAUUAGCACCUGUUUGUGGAGUUAAUAAGAAACAAUACGCAAACCAAUGUUUAGCAAAAUGCGAGUAA